AUGGCUAGUCAUCUCCUGGUUAUUGUGUUUUUUCUGUCUUCUCUAUAUACUCCACAACUGUCAGCAUGUCCAGUGGGGAACGUCGAACCUGUGACAAAUCGGAUCUUAUCUUCGAUUUUCUCGGAUGCCAAACCUAAAAAAACUGCUGCAGCGCCCAGCGAUGAGAUACCUCCGGACAACAUCUUCGUACCGAUUCAGGCCGACGACAUCUUGCCUCAGAUCCCGAUUAGCAAUCACCACCCGGUACCGAAGACGGGCAUCGAGGAUGACGACUUCCGCACGUUGCAUACCAAUAGCUUCUAUGCCGGUGCAUUCCUCGGUGAACAGAACCAGCCGAUCUGGACGCAUCCGUACUCCAUCUGGUGGGGCAAAGGAUCGCAGGAUCCAGGCGUACUGCAAACGUGGGGCUUAAAUAUUGGGCAUGUCGAGGAGGUUGACCUGCAAUAUGGACCGGAAGAACCUCCUAAGGUCUUUACCAACCCUCGCAAACAAUCCAUCAUCCUCUCCGCGACUGAGCUCGAUUCGCAGACUACCUUGACUACUGACACGCAUCUCCCGUUCUCCGUCAACAUCAAUCUCAAUGUACAACCAGCCUCAAAAGAGCCAAAGAUAACCUUUCCUGUCGUACAAGGCAUGAGCUUUGUCACUGCUGGGUACAGGAACGCGAUGCCCACCGUACAGACCGGUGGACGAGGCUUUGUCGAAGUCAACAAACCCGUUAUGCUUGGCCGUACAGCCAAGUAUCGGGUCAAAGAUUUUGAUGGCAGGGACUGGCUCAUAUACGUCAAUCCAGUACCCGGUAGCGCGUACGAUGCUGGCACGUUCAUCAAAAUCGAUGCCAGCACGCUAUUGGGUCCGCCAGCUUUUCAAGGCACGAUCCAGGUAGCGAGAAACCCUAUGGGUCCCAAGGGAGAAGCAAUCUACGAUAAGGCAGUCGGAGCAUUUGUAUGCGAAGCAAAGCUCACUGCUGUCGUCAACGAAGCAAAAGCUACAUACUCGUUUAGCUAUACGAAAAUCGGAGCCUCGCCGUUGCUGAUAUUUGCUUUACCACACCACAUCCAAUCCCUCGAUCCUGACCUCAGGUGGCAAGUCACUGACCUGCAGCUGCGCACCUCAACCAAGGGCAUGGCAACGGCAGUGUGGGCCGAGAAGCUCACAUUCAUCGAGACGAACCUCCCCAUCACCAUGUCGUUCGGUCCUUGGAACCCCACCAUGAGCGCCAACGCAAAGAUUCGCUACCCGCCUGAUGUUCUCGCUUUUGUCAGUUCGAUUGCAGAACGUGACCUGCGGCGCGCCAUGACCGAGCCUAUACCGCCAGACUCACACUACUACGCUGGCAAGGCGCUCGCCAAAUUCGCAACCAUCAUAUGGGUCAUCAAAGAUGUGCUCGGUAGUAAUGCGGUUGCUUCCGCUGGUCUUGCACAACUCAAGCAAGGAAUGGCGAAGUAUGUGGAAAACCAGCAGCGCUACCCUCUCUACUACGAUAACAGCUGGAAGGGAGUUGUUUCGAACGCUGGCUUCAAUGACACAGGCGCCGACUUUGGUAACACGUACUACAACGACCAUCACUUCCACUUCGGCUACUUCGUGUACACCGCAGCAGUCAUCGGAUACCUGGAGCCUGAAUGGUUGACGCAAGGGAAUAACAAAGCGUGGACGAACAUGCUAGUCAAAGACUUUGCUGAAAGCGACUACAAUGGCAGAGACUAUCCGUUUCAGCGCAGCUUUGACUGGUGGCACGGCCACAGCUGGGCAAAAGGUCUGUUUGAGAGCGCAGAUGGGAAAGACCAAGAAAGUACGAGUGAAGAUGGCUUCGCAAGCUAUGCUGUCAAGAUGUGGGGCAAGAUCAUUGGUGAUGUGAACAUGGAGAAACGAGGCAACCUGAUGCUUGCAGUACAAGCCCGUUCAUUCAACACCUACUUCUACUUUUCCAGCACUUCCACCGUCCAACCCCCACGCUUCUUACCCAACAAAGUCACCGGCAUCCUCUUCGAAAACAAAAUUGACCACACGACCUACUUCGGCAACUCGCCCGCGCUCAUCCACGGUAUUCACAUGGUACCACUCAACCCCUCUUCUUCCUUUCUCCGCCCCCGCUCUUUCGUGAAAGAAGAAUGGGACGCCGUGUUCAGCGACGGUAGGGCGCUGAAAGAUGGACCUGAUGGUGUGGAGGGUGGUUGGAGGGGAAUAUUGCAUGCGAAUCUGGCGCUGCUGGACCCAAAAGAGAGUUUUAAGUUCUUCAGGGACGGGGUGGGUGGGCACUGGGAUGAUGGGUGGAUUGAUGGCGGGGCGAGCAGGACGUGGUAUUUGGUUUGGGCGGCAGGAUUGGGGGAGCUCGCGAAGAGUAGUCGGUAG